AUGUACGCCCUGGUCCAGAUGAUAAUUUUUGGUGAGCAUGAAUGUCCUUCUUCCUCUUGGAUUUCAUUUGGAAGUAGCUGCUAUGCCUUUCUUGAAGCACAGCUGGAGAGCAUGGAUGAUGCCAGAGAGUUCUGCAAAGCCAGCAGAGCCGAUAUGAUUAGCAUCAAUAAUAAAGAGGAAAAUACUUUUAUCUUGAAAGCCUUCCAGACCCAUUGGCAUGGUCCUGAAUAUAUUUCAUUGGGCAUGUUUUUUGAUACUGAUGAUGAUGUUUUCAAAUGGUAUGAUGAAUCUAAAGUGAAUUUUACAAACUGGAUGGAGGAAGAAAGUAGCAAUGAGCUCCUGGACACCUGUGCUACAAUGCAGACUACAUCAGGCGGAUGGAAAAAAACAAGCUGUGAACAUCUCCCACUAACUGAGGUCCUUUGUGAAGCCACCUCUGCGUAUGACAAGAAAUAUUUACCAGAUAAAACCUGGACAACAGUCUUAGUAAUAACUUCAACAGUCAUUGUAUCAGUCUCUGCAGCGUUUCUCUGGUUCCUGUACCAAAGGAAGGUUUCUUCUGCUACAUUUAUGACACAGAAUUUCUCCAGGCAAGUACCAUGUCAUGAUGAACUGAUUCUCAUAGACGAGGAAAACGAAUAUACGGCCUAA